AUGUUGACGGCAAUGUUCCACAGGAAACGAGACGCUGACCGCGAAAUGUGAAAUGCAUUUAUUUAUAAGUGACCAAGAACACCGUGAAAGCCUUAUUUUACGCGUGUUGCGAUUUUUAAGAUAACAAUGAGCUGGGAAAUCAGCUGUGCUGAUAUGUGUCGUGCGUGCAUGAAGGUCGACGGUGUUCUUCUUCCUAUGUACGAUGACGAAACGAUCAGUCAAAAAAAUUUACCCGAUAAGCUUGCUGAACUUGCAUCAAUACAGAUUGAUAGGUUCGAUGGACUACCAAAUAUGCUUUGCGCAAAGUGUGCGUACCGUACAGAUGCAUUUUACAACUUCAAGCUGCAGGUUCAAGCUACCGAUAAGAAGCUUCGUAAGAUGUUUGAAACACAAGUACAUUGGACCAUUAAAGAAGAGGCGAUGGCCAACGAAUCCGAGCAAGAUUACACCGAGCAAUCGAACGAGUCCUCAGAGGUGAGACUGUCGCGCCACAAACAGAACUUUAGGCCCAUGAAUGGCGCGGAGAGUUCGGAGGAAUUUAUACCGGAAGAAAGUAAUAUUAAGGGAGAACACGUAUUAGAGAUCGAUCUGUCCGAAUUGGUGGAAGAAAACGCUGUAUUUAACAAGGACGAUAUACCCGAUCUGAGAGGUAUUCUCAUAUCGAAACUCCCAAGGGCAGAUAUCGACCAAGACAAAGUAAAAGACGAGAUACCGAAUGAAAUUUCGAAAAUCCUGGAAUCGGAACACUUGGACUACACGAUAAUGUAUAUACCGGACGAAAACGUUUCUUUGGGCCAAGUAAACGUCGAUAGCGCCCUUUCCAGCGAGACAGAGAUUAAAUUAGAAAAUAGUAAAAAGAUCCUGAAAGCGGAACACGAGGAGGAAGCCAUGAACGAAUCGGCGGACAACGAGGAAUUCAUAAAAGCCGAUAAUACAGAAAUCAGCAAACCGUACAAGAAUAAAAGACCGUGGAAAAAGAGUUCCAGGGAGAAAAUAAACGGUAGAAACAAGUCGAAAAAGUCUCUAGAAUCGAGCCAACAGGGCGAAGGUAGCGACGACUCCGACUCGGACUAUUUCGUCGAUCCGAAAGACAACAUAUUGGGUAGUUUGAACGACACGAUAACAAGAAUAAAAGAGAUCAAACUGGACGACAACGUGAUGCAAUACCAGUGCACGUUGUGCUUGCAAAAUUAUGACAAGCUGACUGGCGUGCUGUUGCAUACUAUAGACAACCACGUGCCGAGCAGUGGUCCAUUCUUUUGCGUAGUGUGCGAGAAAGACUGUGAGAGCCACAGAGAGCUACGAACGCACGUGAAGACUCACACAGGCCAGUUCCCGUACUCUUGUUUCAUUUGUAACAAAGCGUACACCAUGAAGAGGUAUCUGAAGAGGCACAUGGUGUGCCACACGGACUUUCCAAGGCAUCGGUGCCCGAAAUGCGGGCUCAGAUUCAAAGUGAAAUCCGAGCUGGAGACUCAUAUCACCACGCACAUACGCGGCGCGCCGUACGCUUGCAGCCAAUGCCCGCGACUGUUCAACCACAAAGGCAAUUACAAACGACACCUGAUCACCCACUUGGACCCCCAGGGCCUCCAUUUACCCAAAUAUCCCUGCAAGGUCUGCGGUAAAAGAUUCCCGAACAAUCGCACUUUGGAGACUCACAUGCGCGUCCACACCGGCGAGAAGCCAUUCAAGUGCGAGGUCUGCGGCAGGUCGUUCUCCCAGCAGGGCAAUCUGUUGAAUCACGUGAGGAUUCACUCGAAUCCGCGAAGCUACACGUGCGAGGUGUGCGGGAAGCGGUUCAAUCAGAGGGCGACCUUGAGGGAUCACAGCCUCUUGCACACCGGGGAAAAACCGUACAUUUGUAACGUUUGCGGAAUAGCAUUUACGUUUAGCGCCGCGCUGAGACGCCACAUGUGGACGCACACCGGCGGUAAACCGUUCGGUUGUGAGAUAUGUAACGCUCGUUUCGUUGGUAAGUACGAUUUGAGGAGACACAUGACGAUACAUACCGACAGGCCUAGGGUGAAACGAAGAAAAAAAGCGAUCAAAUCGAACGAAACGCAAGAGAAGAUCAAAGAGGAGACCGCUGUUGUAUCUGAGAACCCUGACACUGAGGCCGUUUUGAUCGAAGAGGUGCUUCUGACCCAGGACGUCACGCAAGUUGUACGGCAACAGGAGUCCGAGAAAGAAAAUGUCGACGCGCUUUUUAAUCUUAUACAGUAUGGUUAAUGUUUGUUUUUUUUUUCUCUCUUUACCGUAUGCACAUUAGCUACGACCUUGACAUGCUCAUGAAUUUUUUGAUAAACGAAUUGCGAAUGUAUUUAUAGAGUUGUCAUUUAAACUGUAAGACGCGUUAUUAUCCAAAAGAUUGUCCAUAGGAAAUUAUAUUAAUUUAUUUUCAACAUUUAUAUACAUUUUGCCAAGUGUGUGUAUACGGUAUGCGACGCGUUAAAAGACAUCCUGUCAACGAUUUAUUAUAAAUAUUAACAACAUUGGCAAGACUUCAUAAACUUCUGAUAUGAUUAGAAAUAAAAAACACGCAUUGUUCUUUGCAAUUUUGUGUAUUUUUUCAUUUUUGCUGAACCCAUGACAAAAUGACGAAUAAGUAAAUUCAAUUUACUUGUAACAAGUAUUACGUAACAUUCAACGAAUUUUUCUUUUUUUCGAAUUUUUACAAAUUCCAAAGUUACUUUUCUCGCCAAAGAAACGCGUUUUGAUAUAAAAUACUUGUAACAAUAUUUACGAGAAAA